UUUACACCCAGGUCCCAGAUUUAAAGGAGUGAAAUCCUCAGCGGCGCACCUCUGGAUAUGGCCAACAAGACGAUUACAAUCACUAGAGAUGAACUGGAAGAUCUAAAAGAGGCAUUUAAGAAAGUCGAUAUUGACAACAGUGGCUAUGUCAAUGAUUAUGAGCUCCAUGAAUUGUUCAGAGAAGCCAGCCUUCCACUUCCGGGUUACCAGGUUCGGGAUAUUAUUGAAAGGAUCUUUGUGGAGGCUGACCACAAUAAGGAUGGCAAGAUAGACUUUGAAGAGUUUGUAACGGUGAUGACAGACUUGAAAAGCAGUGACAUUAGCAAAACCUUCAGGAAGGCUAUCAACAAGAAAGACGGCAUAACUGCAAUUGGAGGAACAUCUUCCAAUUCCAGCCAGGGCACACAGCACUCAUAUUCCGAGGAAGAUAAGUUUGCAUUUGCUAACUGGAUUAAUAAAGCUUUACAAGAUGACCCAGACCUUAAACACUUACUACCCUUAAACCCAAACGAUAAAAGCCUGUUUACAUCACUAAGGGAUGGCAUUCUACUUUGUAAACUGAUCAACAUGUCUCAGCCAGAUACUAUUGAUGAGAGAGCCAUAAACAAAACAAAACUCACAUCAUUCACCAUUUCAGAAAAUAUAAACCUUGCCCUGAAUUCUGCGUCUGCCAUUGGCUGCACAGUGGUCAAUAUUGGAGCUGAAGAUCUUAAAGAAGCGAAGAUCCAUUUAGUGCUUGGGCUGCUAUGGCAAAUCAUUAAAAUAGGGCUGUUUGCAGACAUCGAAAUAUCCAAGAAUGAAGCUUUGAUUGCUUUGCUUAAGGAUGGGGAGAGUCUGGAGGAGUUAAUGAAACUAACUCCUGAAGAGCUUUUGCUUCGGUGGGUUAACUAUCACCUGGCUAAUGCUGGCUGGCCUUCAAUAAGCAACUUCAGUAAAGAUGUUAAGGAUUCCAAGGCUUACUUUUACUUGCUGAGAGAGAUUGCUCCCAAGGAAGAUUUUUUCAUUGACUUCUCUGGAUUUGCAGAAAAAGAUGACCUAAAAAGGGCCAAUUUCAUGCUCAAGGAGGCUGAUAAACUGGGUUGCAGGCAAUUUGUGACACCAUCAGAUGUAGUUUCUGGCAAUGCUAAACUGAAUUUAGCCUUUACUGCAAAUCUGUUUAAUAUGUAUCCUGCUCUGCAUAAUGUCAACAACCACGGCUUAGACUUGAAUCAAAUAGAAGGAGAAACCAGUGAGGAGAGGACAUUCCGCAACUGGAUGAAUUCAUUAGGCAUCAACCCAUAUGUAAAUCAUUUGUACAGUGAUAUGUGUGAUGCGCUCGUUUUAUUCCAGCUGUAUGAUAGGACUCGCAUAGCAGUUGACUGGGGUCGUGUCAACAAGCCUCCAUUUUCUGCUCUUGGUGGACACAUGAAAAAGAUUGAGAACUGCAAUUAUGCUGUUAAUCUUGGCAAGAACAAGGGUGGAUUUUCCUUAGUUGGUAUAAGUGGCUCCGAUCUCCAUGAAGGAAACAAAACACUGACCCUGGCAUUAAUAUGGCAGCUUAUGAGAAGGUACACACUAAAUGUAUUAUCUGACCUGGGAGGUGGACAAAAGAUAGAUGACCAAAAUAUCAUUUCUUGGGUGAAUGAAACUCUGGCUGGUGCAUACAAGCAAACUUUCAUCCACAGCUUUAAGGAUUCGUCCAUUAGCACAAGCCUUCCUGUUUUGGAUUUAAUUGAUGCCAUUGAGCCAAAAGCCAUUAAUCAGGAAAUGGUGAAAAGGGAGAAUCUUUCGGACGAGGACAAAAUGAGUAAUGCUAAGUAUGCAUUAUCCAUUGCCCGAAAGAUUGGAGCACGGAUCUACGCGCUGCCUGAAGAUCUGGUACAAGUUAAGCCAAAGAUGGUGAUGACAGUAUUUGCAUGCCUCAUGGGAAGAGGACUCAACAAAUUAAAAUAAGGAAGAGCUGUUUCAUUUGCUGUAGCGAAUCUGCAAUGCUUAUUACACCAAAUGCCUCACUCAUUUCUGUAUAUUAAAGGAAAACAAUCAGAGCUGCCCAUGAUUUAUUAAAACUGAUAAUGAACUGAUGUCUGAAAAUGAAAUGUUGCUGUAUUAUUAACCGAACAUAUUGGCUCUGGAUUUAAUUGAGCACCGGGCCCAGGAAGCAGCUUUUCUUUUAGCAUGCCAAUAGAGACAUUAUAUCAUUAUCACAUUAUUUCAUUUAGUCAGUGACAAGCAGCCUUUUUGUUUGCUGAGAUACCAAACCCAUAACAGUGAGCUUUCCAUGUGAGGAAGUAACAAGCUCAAGUUGUAAGGCGAAUGUUAAAAUAAUGAGUGCACCAACAGCAGCAAAAUGAAUAUAAUUAUUUUUCAUAAACUAAGUUACCCUUAAAAUGCUUCUAGAGCACUUUUCUCUCCAUUUAUGCCAACAUGGUAAGAGUCAACAGAAUCUGAUGAGUUCUGCAAACAAUCCAUUAAAGUCAUGCAAAAUACAGAUUUAGAUUCCCUAUUCAUAUUGUGCUACUAAUCAGCACAUAUAAGGUGCCACAUAAACUAGAAUAAAACAGUGCAAACUGACAUAUUUUAGCAAGUGAAUUGAGUUCUCCAAUUAUGGGGUCUAUUAUAUCAGUAAAAUAAAAGGCAAUUUAGUAAAUGUGCAUUUGAUUCAAUGGACACAAUCUAGUGCUGCACAAUACUUCCAAUUUAGAUACAGAUCAUGAGAUUUAGUAUACAAA